UUGAAUAUUUGACUUUGUUUUUUUCCUCAAAUAUUUUUAUUAUUGUUUAUAUUGUAAAUUGUUAGACUUUUCUUGUUUUAUAUUUUAAAAUAUUUUGCAAUUUAUCUAUUAUUAAAAAGGGUUAUACAAUUUCUUAGGUAAAUGUGAAAGUAAAUGUGUAAGAAUGAUAAAACUUGGAUGUAGCUGAGUUUAUCACAAAUUUUAGUUAUUUAAAAUGGAUAUAAUAUUUAGUACAUAAUUUUGUAUUUAAUAGUUCUUUAUCCAAAUUCUAUAACAACCUUUCUGUUAGGUUUUUUACUUAAAAAGACUUGCAUACAGGAUAAAUGAUGCCGGUUUACUAUCAGUGGUCAUCUUUAAAAAAACAGAAUUGCAAUAAACAAGAUUAUCCUAGAUUUGAAGUAUCCAGUCAUCCAUUGAAAAGCAAUGUAGCUAUUGUGAAUGAUAAUGCCACCGCAAGAAAAAGUUUAAUGGAUAGUUUAAGUAAAUGGAGUUCAGCAUUUGAAGAAGUUGAUCCAUUGUUGCGAUUUGAACAAAUGAAUAUGGAAGAUGAUUUGAGUCAUAUUGAAGUCAUAGAUAAGGUUUCCAAUUAUUCUAAAACUUGGAAUUUAAAACGUUCAGCCAUAUUAAGUAAAUAUACAACAGGAGAAAAGUUAACAAUUAUUAGCAGUUUCCUACCUGGAGGUGAAAAAAUUAGUUCAUUUUCAGCGCUUAUAAGACAGGUAUCAAAUCUCAAUGAGAAAGUGAAGCAUAGACUGGAACAAUUGGACGAUUUUGAUGAAGGCUCUGUGCGAAAAACUAUGGGACUGAGUCAACAAGAAUUUGUUGUAAAAAUUAAUAUGCUCAACGAUGAAAUAAAGAAGGCCUGGGAUUCUGAACAAAGAGUGAAGGCAUUUAAAAUAGGUAUACAGUGCUCAAAAUUGUUAUCAGACGUAACUGUAAUGCAAUUUUACCCAAGUAAAUUUGUAUUGAUCACAGAUAUAUUGGAUACUUUUGGUAAUUUAGUAUUUGAUAGACUGAAGUUGAAAAGUUAUGGGACGGCGGGGGUAAAUAAUAUACAAGACAUUGAUCCUGCACAAGUGCCAGAGUCAGCAAAAGAAACAUGUCAAAAUUGGUUAUUUAAAAUGGCCUCUAUAAGAGAGUUGCUUCCACGUCUUUACAUGGAAAUGUCCUUAUUGAAAUGCUACUUAUUUAUUUCAAAGGAAGAGAUAAAACCUGCUGUGGCGAGACUUACUAAAAUGAUUAGGGGUAUAGGGAACCCAUUAGUAGCAGCAUAUUUAAGGGUUUACUUGUGCAAUGUCGCUUCGAAGAUAUUAGGACAAGAUAGUGAAGACAUUUAUUAUAAUAACUUGAAAGAAUUUCUUGAUGACUACCAACAGAUAUUUCACCAAAUGAUGAGAAAAAAAUAUGAAGCACAAUUAUUAACAAUGGAUAAAUAUUUGAACCUUUAUGUGCCGGCUGUUGAUUGGUUAAUGUACUGUACCCUCAACGAUUCCAGUAAAUGUAAACAGACUCUUCUGGAAGAAUUACUAGCGCAAUGUGAACAAAUUGAAAAUAAUGAACUGCUACUUUGUUGCGUCGUAUCAGCCUUUGAUUCUUCAAAUAUUAUAAAGAAAUCUUCAUGUAUCUUAGAAAUGGUUGAGAAUGACGUUGACAGGAUGGUUCUGAUAAAUGAAGUUCUGUCGUCGCUCGGAGAACAUCUUUGUACAGCGGAUAACUAUCGUCAUCAGUCUGCGGAAACAUUGAUUCAAACGUUUUGGAAGAUUGCAAGCAGCAUGCAGUCGGCUUUGCAUUUCCUACAGGUUUUAGAGCCUUGGCUUCAGUUCGCAUGUACACAUUUAUCGACACAACAUGUUAAUAUUAUAUUGAGAGGAACUAUUCGUUAUAUGGUAAAAUGUGGCAGACCAGCUGAUGAUUUUUCUGGGAAUUUUCAGUUUGUCUUGAAGAGGAUGUUGAAAUCUAUUCCAGAUGUUGAAGAACUAUUUCUCAUGGACGCAUUUAUGCCACUAGUGGAGUUGGUACAAACCUCAAACGCGCGCACCAUGAUGGCUAAAACAGUAUUGUCGAUGUUUUUCUCACGUUACGACUCCAAUUGCAUAGAGGAUCACAUCAUCAUCUCGAGCUUGAUGAGGCUGUGUACUAUAUUACACGAUUCUAUAAAUGCUGUAACAGUUGAAGACGAGAGUAAAUUAUAUGCUGACCUCAUCAAUAAGUUCAUACAGGCCGUCAGUUAUCAAGACGACUUUGAGCAACAGCUAAACUUCUACGUAGAGUCUCGAUCUGCUUUCAUUAAGCUAGAUGCAGUACUUGUGACGUUGGUACAUGCUGUGAACGCGCUGUCGCUGCGCGGCGCCGGGGGUGCUGGUGGUGCGGGCGCGGCGUCGGGCGGGUGGCUGCAGCGCGCGUGUGCCGCGUACUGCUUCGUCACCGUCCCCUCGCUGCACUGCGCGAUCACCAAGCUGCACCUCUACCUGCUCUCAGGACAGGUCGCGCUGCUUAACAACUGCAUCGGCCAAGCUGAGGCCAACUUCAAAGCUCUUAUUGGGUUGAUACCAGACAUUCCAGACUAUAUAUUGGAAGACGGUCAGAAGAAACCAACGCAUACUAAAGUCGCUGGAAUACUGAGUGACUUCUUGUCUACAAUGUUGAUAUUACCCGACAAUUUGGAUAGUAACUGCAAAGCAUAUAUAUUGAGUGGUUUAAUAAAGACAAUCGAGAGGAUACAUUGGAAAAAAACAGAACCGUUAUAUUACUCAACUUUACUUCGCAUUUUGGAUCUACUUUGUGAGAUGACGCAAGAGAAAUAUGCUUAUCAUUUGGAUUCUGUUCUGUCAAAUGAUGUGCUCUAUGGAUCUGAAACAGAGUUUGUAGAGAUUAUAGAAAACUAUGCAACAAAUAUCUGUCAAGAACUUUUAGUAGUUCUGAAGAUGCUCGGCGAUGUUAAAGAAACCAAGAAACAAUAUAAUUUAGCUUUGGAACUAUUUUGGCGAGUCAUAAGGCGAGGUGAUUUACUCCAAGGCCCCAUGUUAAGUUUAGCAGCAAAUUUAUGGAUGUUGUCACAAAAACUACAGGACUCCAACAACAAACUUGCUAAAACCAUGCUAUUGGCGUUACAAAAUGACUCUAAGCCAGCAAGCCGACGUUUACUUCAGAAACUUGAAGAAAGUUCGAAAGCAUCUUAAAGUAAAUUUCUUUUAAAUUAUUAAUAAGUAAUAAUAAAAUUAAUGGUCAGUAAAGAAUGCCUGUAUUUAUGCAAAUAUCAUAAAAUAAAAAAAAAUAUGUACGAGUAUUUAUUGUUAUUACUAAUAUAGGUAUUUCAAAAUAUA